AGCCUUCCGGCAAGACUCCGGCGCCCUCUUACCAGGGUCCUCGCCCGCUGGUCCGCCAGGCUCCACCUUUUUUGCGACCGGCGUUGUGUUGCCGGACGCGACGAGCAGGAUUGACAGUGAAUCCCACGUACACGCGGCCCCGAUGCCGAGGGUUCUGGCAGUAGAGCAGGAGACGGAAGUGCUGCCUUCCAGACCGCCUCAGGAAGGGCGGAAGUGAGCGGCGUGGGAGGAAGUGGCUUCAGUGAGGGCGGAAGGCGGGGCUCUGGGCACGCCUGCCUGUUCCCCCGCUGGGCUGUGGCAAUGGAACUCAGCGCGGAUUGCCUCCGCGAGAAGCUUCAGCGGGAUCUGGAGGCAGAGCAUGUGGAGGUGGAGGACACGACUCUCAACCGUUGCGCGACCAGCUUCCGAGUCCUGGUGGUGUCCGCUAAGUUCGAGGGAAAGCCAUUGCUCCAGAGACACCGGCUGGUGAAUGAAUGCCUAGCUGAAGAGCUCCCGCACAUCCAUGCCUUUGAGCAGAAAACUCUGACCCCAGAGCAGUGGACCCGAGAGCGGCAGAAAUGAGGGACCCGGGCCUGAACAGCCAUUAAAUUGUAGAUCAGG